AGUGGAAACACUUCCUGUUAUUCGUUGGCAACGGUAAACAUUCUGCAAUAUAACACGAGGCAGUUCAUGUAAAUGAAUUGAUCCCUCGUGUGACAUGAACUGAGGCAGUAACACUGGAGCAGACUGAGGACUCAACAUAGUUCAAGAUGAAUGGAACAGCUUCUCCAAUGUUGGGUGGAGUGAGUGCUAUUCAUGUUGCCACUGUAUUAGAGGACUGUGUGGAUCAGCUUGCUGUCCUUGGACGUAUUAUGCCAGCAUCUUAUGAACUCAGACCUGAUGUUAAUGAAAUGGUGAGAGAAGAGGUCAGUCAGUUGGUAGAAGGCCAGCGAGAUCUGGAAAAUAAGUACCAGUCUGUGCUUGUCAGAAAAUUGGAGCUGAAACACACAACAAAGAAUGCUGGAAAGUUGGCAGAGGUUGAGGAAGAUGUUCUUAGCACAGGCAGAGAUCUCAAGAACAGCCUGCAUACAUUUGGAAGAACUUUGCGGCAAAACCCUGUGACUGGAGAUAAUAUUGCUAAAGUUCAAGAUGAUAGGGAUUUUGUCCAAUGUGUAAUGGUGAACACUAUGGACGAGCUAAUCCACAACUGCAGUUUCCAGGCCCUCCUUGAUGCAGUGCAUUCAGAAAAACAGAGAAAAGCAUCAUUACAGAACACAAUACAGAAAGAGGAAAAUGGUCGGAAACGGGUCCGUCAACUCCACAAGCAGCUGAUUGAUGUUAAGAAAGAAAAAGAAAUGGAGAUGCAACAGAGAAAUGAGAUGAUUGCACAUCUUAAGGAUCAGCUGCAGGAAAUGAAGGCUAAGACCAACAUGGAAGGAAAGUACAUCAAGAAGUGUGCUGAAGUUGCUGUCACACAGACACAGAAAAGGUGCUUUCUGUCAGAGAAGGAAAUGAAAGAUGAGAUAGAGAAAUUACAGCGACAAAUAGAUGAGGAGACUAGAGCAAAUGCAGAGAUAGAAUCUUAUUUGAGGACCCACCAUGCGUCUCAACAUAUCAUAGGACCAGAUGGAAGAGUCAUUUCUAUGGAUCUGUCAAAGAAGGUGGAGGUGUGGAUGGAGAAGUAUGAGACUGAUGUUGAGGACAAACAAAGGGAGCUGGACAUUCUGAAGGCUUCCAAGGCCAAAGACCUUGAGAGACUCCAGGACCUGACAAAACUGUACAAAGAAUAUGAACAAGUGGUUGUGGAGGAUCGUAUUGCCAAGGAAAAAGAAAGACGGAGAGCAGAGCAGGACAAUAUUGAGCUUAAGGCUUCCAUAAGAUUGCAAGCCUGGUGGCGGGGCAUUAUGGUGCGCAAAGGAUUUGGUCCUUACAGUAAAAAGAAGAAGAAAGGAAAGAAAGGCAAAAAGGGCAAGAAGGGCAAGAAGAAGAAGUAGCAUGUUGUAAUCAUAAUAACAGUUUUAAGACACAUGUGCAGAUGUUCUUAAGGAAGCAGUAAUUUCUAAUUGAUGCAAUUUGGUUAAACUUUAUUUACUGGAUCAUUUCAGAUGUUUAUUUAAAGAACUCAAAUUCAAGAUGUAAUUCAUGAUUUUAAAUAUCAAUAAAGGUGAUUCUGCUGGUAA